CUUCAAACAAACAUUAGAAAAGCCAGGCAAUCCGUGCUAUUUUGAAACUCUAUCAUGGCAUCUAUUAUGUUUUCCCAGAGAACUCUCUAUCGCCAUAAAUUCUGGGCGAUACUGUUUACUUUGAUCUCGGUUGUGGCUUGCGAGCGUGAUUCUUCUUAUAUCAGCCAGAAGCAAUUCGCUCCUGUGGGUAUUGCCUUGGGGAAUUCACCUUCGUGGAAUACAACCAAAGGCGGAUCCUUCCAAUUGACGCCAUCGACGCCUAUUGCGACAUUGGACUAUGGAACUGAGGCCGCUGGCUAUCCUUUCUUCGCCGUCUCAUCUGUCACUGGACGUGUCCAGAUAGAGGUCAAAUACUCCGAGGAGUUUAAUGGCUUGCUCGCCAAUUUCUCUGAUGGACCUCUUCCAUUUAACAUCGGACUCUCAAACUCGUACCGAGUAGAGACAUUCCAAGUCACUAAGUCAGGGUACUUAGAGGCCUUUCUCCUCCAGGGUGGUCAAAGGUGGCAAUCGAUACGUCUUCUGACUGAGGGAGCCAUUACCUUCUCAUCCGUUGGUUUUGUUCCCUCAGUCCCAAUCUUAGAUAUCGAUCAUAUCCCAGGGCAAUUCAAAUGUGACGACGACAGGCUCAACAACAUAUGGAGACUUGGAGCCAAAGCUUCGACAAUGUCGUGCAUCGGCCAAGGCUCCCAGAAAGCGAUGUGGCAGGUGAACCCAACUGGUGCCUCUAUACGCGGCAUGAGAUCUGGUCUUAGCGCGAAAGGCGCCUUCCUAAAAGAUUACACAUUGGAAUUUGAUGCACGUAUCGAACGAGGCGGCAUUGGCUGGGUGGUGGCCCACCCACUUGCAUCGCCAGCUAAGGGCAUUCAAUUGAAUCUCGUCGGCAACCUCCCCCCUUCAACGAGCUUUGUUAAUACUAAUACGUCUCUCACUCCUGCCAAUUCUGUCGUACUUGGUUAUGGGUACUCGAUUGUCAAUGUCACAACUCUCACUUCGUACCUCCUCGAUACCUUCCAAACACCAUUCUCAAUUGAGGAAAAUACUUGGUACAAAGUUCUGACCGUGCUAACGGGAGGCCAGUAUCUCUAUGUUUCGAUUGAGGGCACCCAAGUCUUCAACGUCUCAUUAAACUCAUACUAUACGGGUGGGGCUGCAAUCCCUACUCGAGGCUCAUUCGGCUUCGGCGGGUGGCAAGACCAGUGGGGAACUAUCCGAAAUGUCACUGUCACAGAUACCACAAAUGGCACAACAAUCUACCAUAAUCCUAUGACAGACAGCUCCUCUGUUAUUGCGGAGUACGGCGUUCACUCCAACUAUGCCCCCAUUUGCCUUGAUGGGCCCAAACGUGACCGUCUUGCCUGGCUCGGAGAUUUCUACCACACCGUGCGCGUGGUUGGCGCAAGUACAGCGCGUCACGAUCUCAUCAAAGGAACACUCUCAUACUUCUUGAGCUGGCAAACCCCUACUGGACUGCUGCCGUAUGCCAUACCCAUUAGUUACUCUCCCUCCAUCGCCUACAGCGCUUUUGCAAACGGCGCUGGUGGUCAGUUGUUCGGCUACGAGAUCUGGGGUGUUAUUCUGGCUGACUACCAGAUUCCUGGCUUGCUCUCGUUCACUAAUUACAUAGCUCUAAGCAAUGACCUUGACUACGCCCGCACGACCUGGUCGCAAUGGCAAUUGCAAAUUGGGUGGUUGUUAAGCCAGAUCGACGGUUCUACCAACCUGCUUUCCCUUGGCAACGCCUUCCUUGGGCCCGGGAUCGCGGGUUCUGCUGUCAAUUGCGCAUUAGUCCAGGCCCUAGACACGUCCGCUCAAGUGGCUACCGCCAUCAAUGACACCCAAUCUGCAUCCAGGUACUUUACUGCAGCCACGAAUCUAGCAGCAGCUGUCAACAAGAAUCUCUGGAACCCAACACUAGGGGUCUACGCUCUUGCUAUCGACUCUCCAAGUGAUUACUCUGUCAGUGCCUGUGGCUUUUGUAUCACUUCCGGGACUGCCAAUGCCAGCCAGGCCACAGCAUUUCUGUCAGCUAUGGAGACCCUCCGCCUCGGGCCCGGCUACAAAGACUCGACGAAGUCUAACAGCUUGGAUGCCACAGUUAAUAUAUCGCCUAACACCAACGGCUUCCUUCUCGGGGCCCUACUAUCGCAAUCGCCGGUGCAACGAAAUAUCACUGGUAUAAGUUCUGUGGCCAAGGACCUCCUCUACUCUCUUUGGGGAGCAAUGUUAGCGGACAAAAGGACGUCUACAGGGGCAAGCUGGGAAUACCUCUCUGUGGCAGGCACGCCGGGGCUGGGAUUAUUUACAAGUCUAUCGCAUCCCUGGGGUGGGGCGCCCACGUAUCUGCUGACGGAAUGGGUAGCGGGCAUCCGACCUGCCGCAGGGCGACACAGAAUCUUCCUUCAUAGAGAUUUCAUCAUGAAGUUAUAUAGCCAGGUUCUGGUCCUUCUUGGCCUGGUGUGUUGCGCCAUUGCAGCCACUGCAAGCCAGAGCAACUCGGUAAAUGGGCUGGAUUUUGUUUAUCCGUAUCCUGUUAAAAGCUAUCGGUUCACCUCGCAGAGGAAGAAGUUGACUAUGUCAUACAUGGACGUUUCUCCAAAGGGAACUUCAAAAGGAAACAUCGUCCUUCUCCAUGGCAAGAACUUCUGUGGCGCCACUUGGAUAGCGACUAUCAAAGUCCUUGUCGAAGAUGGGUAUCGCGUUGUCGUUCCUGAUCAAGUGGGAUUCUGCAAAUCGACGAAGCCCAGCGAAUAUCAAUUUACGCUAGAAGCUCUAGCUACAAACACCAACGGCCUUCUCCACGAGAUAGGAAUCACGAAUGCCACGAUUAUGGGUCAUUCAAUGGGUGGCAUGCUGGCCGGACGAUACGCUCUUAUGUUUCCUACGGAGACCUACCGCCUCGUGAUGGUUGAUCCCCUUGGUCUUGAAAACUGGUUCGCCCUUGGAGUUCCAUAUCAAAUUCCAGAUGCCUCAUACCUAACGGAGCUGGCUACGACAUAUACUAGCAUCAGAAAUUAUCAGCAAGCUACCUACUACUCUGGAACUUGGGAGGAUUCCUACGAUGUCUGGGUUUAUAUGCUCCUUAGUAUCUAUGAGGGUCCAUUGGGAGACCACUUUGCGUGGAAUAUGGCCGCUACAACCGACAUGGUUUUUACUCAACCUAUCAUCUACGAACUUCCUAACUUGAAAAUGGAAUCUCUUCUUGUGGUCGGCGGCAAGGAUAACACAGCGAUUGGAAAGGCGUGGGCACCAGAUGCCGUCAAGCCAUUGUUAGGUCAGUACGAGAUUCUAGGCAAGCAAGUCUCAGCACAAAUUCCUGGAUGUACUUUGGUUGAAUUCCCCGAUCUUGGUCAUUCUCCUCAAAUCCAAGACCCAGACAGUUUCCAUGCGGCAUUGCUGAACUGGUUGCCAUGA